AUGGAUGCGAACGUUCAGAUAAAUCCAGAAGUUGAAAUGAGUAAAGUUGGACUAGAUGCCCAAGAGCCUACAGGAACUCAGAAUCAACAGCCUGUUGAACAAAUACAGAGGUUUACAUCAAAAUAUGUAGGGUCUACCCAAAAUACAAUACAAAGACAUACAGGUUGUCAAUAUGUGGUGUUUCCCCAAAAUACAAUACAAGGACAUACAGGUUCGAAACAUGUGGUGUCUCUCCAAAAUACAAUACAAGGACAUACAGGUUCUCAACAUGUGGUGUUUCCCCAAAAUACAAUACAAGGACAUACAGGUUCGAAACAUGUGGUGUCUCUCCAAAAUACAAUACAAGGACCUACAGGUUCUCAACAUGUGGUGUCUUUCCAAAAUACAAUACAAGGACAUACAGGUUCUCAACAUGUGGUGUUUCCCCAAAAUACAAUACAAGGACAUACAGGUUCGAAACAUGUGGUGUCUCUCCAAAAUACAAUACAAGGACAUACAGGUUCUCAACAUGUGGUGUUUCCCCAAAGUACAAUACAAGGACAUACAGGUUCUCAACAUGUGGUGUUUCCCCAAAAUACAGUACAAGGGCCUACAGUUUCUCAAUAUGUAGUGUCUCCCCAAAAUACAAUACAAGGACCUACAUGUUCUCAAAAUGUAGUGUCUCCCCAAAAUACAAUACAAGGACCUACAGGUUCUCAAUAUGUGGUGUCUCCCCAAAAUACAAUGAACGAAUGUACAGGUUCUCAAUAUGUGAUGUCUCCCAAAAAUACAAUACAAGAACCUACAGGUUCUCAAAAUGUAGUGUCUCCCCAAAAUACAAUUGGUCAUACAAGGCCUCAAUCGGAAUAUGGAUUGUUAGUGCAAUAUGAUGGUCAUAUUGAAAACUCCAAAACCAUCCAAAACAAAACAAAUCGUUAUGGACUAUAUGAUGUUCAUGCUGCAUCAAAUGCUAUUGCAACAGAAAGCACACACGAAAAUGCAGAAAACAAUGUGAAGGUUGAACCUAUUUAUGAUACAUAUCAAGAUUUCAAUGAUAUGCGUACAACUGACUGCAUCAUAAAACAGGAACCAAAUAAUGAACAAGGACAUUUUGAAUGUAACAUUGAAACUGUUAAAAUUGAACCAAUGGAGUCAGAUGAGGACAAGGAUAUUGUUAGUGAUGUCAUAAUUGCUCCUGAUUCUCACAUUACUGUUAAAAAUGAGGAAAAUGUUAGCAACACUGUUUUCGCUGUUGAACCAGGAUGUAGUAACAUGGAUAGCAUAAAGGACUCUACUAAAGAAGUAUUGAAAUUACAAAAAACAAAGGAUGAUGAACAAGGGGACUUGCCAUAUUAUCAAUGCGAAACAUGUGGUAUUCGAUUCAUAAAUUCAAUACUUCUUCAAAAGCAUGAGGUUAAACAUAAAGAUAUGUAUCCAGUUAAGUGUGAAACAUGCUUUAAAAUGUUCAAAUCUUUUAAUAAUUUAACACGCCAUAAAGGAACUAACGCUGGUGAGAAACAGUUUAAAUGUAAAGUAUGUGAGAAAAUAUUUGAGCAUAAAUGUGCUUUAAGGAUUCAUAAAAAAACUCAUACUGAACCAAAACCAAACAAGCGUAAACAAAACAUAAUCAAUGGUGUGAAGGUUGGACCGAUAGAUGACACAUAUCAAAAUUUCAAUGAUAAGCAUACAACUGACGACUGCAUUCAAAAUGUCAAACAGGAACUGGAUAGUGAACAGAAAUGUUUUGAAUCUAACAUUGAAACUGUUAAAGUUGAACCAAUGGACCCAAAUGAGGACAAGGAUAUUGUUAGUGAUGUCAUAAUUGCUCCUGAUUCUCACAUUGCAAUUAAGACAGAGGAGACUGUUAGCAACACUGUAUUCGCUGCUGAAAAAGAAUGUAGUUACAUGGAUAGUAUGAAGAUCUCUACUCAAGAA